GCGGACAUGAAGCUCAAGUGAACGUCGAUGGUGACCUGAAGUGAAGGCGAAUGAGAUAAACAAGUUCACAGGAAAGAACAAGUGGGUCCUGGGGAAGCUGCAUGGAUGUGACGGCUUUAAGCGAGGCGUGACUUGGAGUGACGGACGCGACUCGAUGGCUGCGCGUUUGUCAACAGUCGCAACAAAUGCGUGUAUGCGCGACAAUGACGCCGCAUCCAUAGACGAACCAGCUUGUAACUUACACAUAUACAAUGGACGACUCCCCACGCUCUGCAAAGCGAAGAAAGCUCGAUACGCCGAACCGCAACGGAGCGAGCACGCCGACAGAGAGCUCAACGAAGAGAAAGCCAGCAAGGCUCUCCCGAUCUGCGGCAAAGGCGAAGGGAGCAGCUCUUCCGGAUGUAUGGCAAGAUACCGCACGUAGGCGAAAUCCAAGGGACGAGGGCAAUGGCACGCCUGCGACAGCAACUGCAAUCGAAGAGGAGGACAUCUUCGAUGACAUCGAGGGAGCAUUGGGUGUAAAGAAGCCGUUAGCGAUAAAGAAGAAGCAGCCAGAGGCAGCUCGGAAGGAGCGCAAGACCGCGAGCCAGCUCCAGGAGCCUUCGACGACCCCGAAACGAGGCAGGUUACGCUCCGCCAAGAACGUCCAGAGCGCAAGCCGGAGUGCAUUCGAGGAUCUGGUCAGCAACUACAAGCACGAACACGAUCCCGAGACAGAUACGCCCGAUGAGCUCGCUGAUGCCGCAACGCCUUCGAGGCGUACAAAGACGCCCCGUUCAGCUGCGCGUACGACUCCAGCUGCGAGGUCGAUGGGGCGGAAGAGGAUGGCGCCUAGUGCCGAGAAUGAGGAGGAUAAAGAGGAUGAGGAAGUGCAGAUGAUGGAACCCAUCGCCGCCACACCCUCGAAAGCGAAGAAACGAAGCAAAGCAGCCAAGACACGGACCGAGAUACCUGACACCGAAGAUGAGUUAGCGAAGCGGCCGCCACCGAGCACCACCAAAAAAGCUCUAGAACGGCGCAGACAGCAUCGUGCGGACCACACCUACAAUCGAUUCGAUGUCGCAAGUUCGCCUGCACUGGACACAGCUCAAAAUGACGAUGAUAUGGAUGUGGACGGCAACAGUCUCUUGGAGAGCGUACUCGAUCCAACUGAGCCGAGCCCUUUCAAUAAGCCCCCGUCGGCCCAGAAGAUACAGCUAGCGCCUGCCAUAAUGUAUGGUAAUCUCCCAGCAGGACGUGAGUCGGACUUGUUGAAGACGAUCGUCAUGGAGCGCAUCACGGGCAAGCGACCUUCCCCCUUGGUCGGACUAGACGAGGAGUACAAGUCCGUUCACCAGCUUGUCGAGCACACCGUUACAGCCGGAGAGGGCAACUCUCUGCUUGUGAUCGGAGCACGCGGCAGUGGCAAGACAGCACUCGUCAACAAGGUCCUGUCGGAAGUUUCAAAGGACAAUGCUCAGGACUACCACGUCAUACGACUGAACGGUUUCAUCCACACAGAUGACAAGAUCGCCCUACGCGAGAUCUGGCGUCAACUUGGCAAGGAAAUGGAUGUUGAAGAGGACGGCAGUGGUCCAGGCAAAAACUACGCCGACACUCUGCAGACGCUCCUCGCGCUACUGUCGCAUCCGUCAGAACAGACAGGAGAGCACACCGACCGUGUAGCCAAGGCAGUCAUCUUCAUCAUGGAUGAGUUCGACCUUUUUGCUCAACAUCCACGCCAGACACUGUUGUACAACUUGUUCGACAUUGCACAGUCACGCAAGGCGCCCAUCGCCGUGCUGGGCUUAACAACUCGCAUUGACGUCACGAACAGUCUCGAGAAGCGGGUCAAAAGUCGCUUCAGCCAUCGCUAUGUUCACUUGAGCCUUGCAAAGAGCUUCACUGCUUUCCAGGAGACAUGCAAGGCAUGUCUGCUCGUCCAAUCGGACCAACUGAGCGUCGAAGAGCGAAGUAUACUGUCAGGUGGCACCAAUACAACCCCAGCGAAAAAGACCAAGAAGGACACCAAGGUCGGCGCUCUCGAUCAAUGGAACACCAACAUCGAAAACCUCUUCGCAGCCCCUUCCUUCCUCACAACCCACCUCGCGCCAAUAUUCCAUCUCACAAAAUCCGUCCCAGCAGCACUCACAAGAUUCCUUGUCGCGACCGCAACUCUCGCGCCAAACACUGCCUUCGUACCCUCCCCUUCCCUUAUAGCUCCAGACUCGAAACUCGCCCUCCUGCCCUCCCUCUCCACCCUCGCGCUCUCCCUCCUCAUCGCCACCGCCCGCCUCGACAUCAUCCACGACAGCGACUCCUGCAACUUCAACAUGGCGUACGACGAGUACGUGACGCUUGCGUCCAAGGCGCGCAUCCAGUCUGCCGCGGGCGGCAUGAGCGCUAGCAGCAGUACGACCAAAGUGUGGGGCAAGGACGUUGCGCGGCGCGAGUGGGAGGGGUUGGUGGAGCUGGGGUUCAUCAUGCCUGUGGUCAUGGGGCAGAGUGGGGGUUUUGGCAUGUGCAGGUGUGAUGUUGCGCUGGAGGAGAUUGGGGGGGUGCUCAGGGGAGAAAAGGGGAUUGAUCGGGGGUUGGAGAGGUGGUGUCGUUCGAUCUGAGGCUUACGGUGGAUUAGCGAGCUACGGCUAUUGGUAGAGCGAUGUAUUCAUAAACGUGCAUGUAGCGCUUGCUGCAAAUGCGCAUGUCUGGACAGGUGCGCUCUUCGAGGAUUGCAAUCUGUGCGCUACCUGCGUGUGCGUCUUCGAAGCACAUUCACCGCCCAACCUAAUGCUCCAGCUGCGGCGUCGGCGGCCUGCUCCUCUCGACCCCAAAGAAGGCAAUGUUCUCCCGGACCGCUACAUACUCGCUAUCUGCAUACCCCAACUCCUUCACAAUCUGCGUCGAAUGCAUGCCCUUGAUCCUCCUAAUCUCGCCCGCCGAGUAAUUCACCA